CCCUAUAUUAUACACAAAGCUUCUGAAACAAGCCUCUCAUAUUCCCCCACAUAUAUAUAUAUCAAAAUCCGAAAAAAACACCAAAUAUCUUCUCUCUCUGCUCCUUGAUCUCCACUAGCACACCCAUCACUACAAACACACUCAGCAAAUUUACAUCAUAUCAUUGUUUCUUUCUUCGACUGGGGUUUUACAAAACGCAAGGUUUGCGAUGGAUACGCCGAGAAAAUCGACUAGAAGAUCUUCCAUUCUCCCAAAAGAGGCCAGGAACUUUAAUACUAAAUUUUCCUUGCCUGCCUUUGUAAAAAGAGUACACAAACUGACGGCUAAUCAGAGAAAUGCCGUGACAAGAAUGGGAUUUGGCAAUCUACUUCGCAUAAGUAAUAAAAUGCUAAGGAGAAACCUUUUAGUAGAGUUAAUGGAUAGGUGGAGUUGUAGGAAGCAAGCUUUUGUUCUUCUUCCUGGAGAAAUUAAGAUGACUCUAAAGGACGUGGCGCUGAUUUUAGGAUUACGUGUGUUAGGCGAACCUGUAGUUCUUAAAGAAGAUACGCCUUUUAUAAAGUUAGAGAGUGAAUAUGGUGCUGCACUAUGGAACAGGAGAAUCUCAGUAGCAUCAAUCGAGGAUAGACUUGUCUCCCUUGGCGAAGCAGAUAAUGAAGAUUUCAUCAGGUCAUUUUUGUUAUAUACAUUUGGCAUAUUUCUUUUUCCAAACGCAAACGGUAAAGUAGAUUCGCGUUACCUCUAUUUCCUCAAUGAUUUGGAUAAAGUAAGUAGUUUUGCUUGGGGAGCAGCUGUUCUUGAGGAUAUGGUAUAUUGGUUAAAUAAAAGGAAAGAGACAAAUGCACAAUGCCUAGGAGGCUGCCUUAUAUUUCUCCAAGUAUGGUCUUAUGAGCACAUUGAUCUUGCUCGGCCUCUACUGUCUGUCUUCACAUUUCCUCGUGUAUGCCGGUGGGGAAAUAUUAAGUCCUCAUUGCGGGAAGGGUUUAGUUUAAUGUUUCAAGAACUCAACAUUAAUCAGGUAGUGUGGGAACUUAAAAUCACUUCCGAGGAGUCUAAAAUUGAUAUAAUUCAAGAAAUAUCAAGACGACCUGAAAGUGUAGAUAUAAAUAUCCAAGAUUCCCCUUUUCCGAAUGUUUCAGUCCAUAAUGGGAAUCACAUUAGCAGUAGAUAUGAAUCUGAGCACAUGGUGGUUGAAAGGAGAAGUGAAUCAGAUAUGGAAUUAGUGGAUGAGACUUGUGAAGGUAUUUCAAAGCAAUCAAGGGCAUCAAUAGUCUCAAUAGAUAGUGCCAAAUCGCGUGACCAAUCACACCAUGAGGAAAAGAAAGAGCAAGAAAAGAGUUCAUGUGUAGCACAAGUAACUUCGACGAUAAUUCUUUCUAGCGAUGAGGAGGAUAUCUUGGAUAGUACAGAUCAUGGUCGGGAAGAUUCAAAUAAUAUACUGAAGAAGAAUGCUGAACUCAUUAAUAAAAUUAAAUAUUUGAAGAAACAACUUCUGGUAUACUCAAAUGUACAUGAGCAGAAUGCAGAGUUGAGAAAGGAAGUGGAGGAAUUAAGAAAAGAGAACCUUCAUUUACGUUCAGCACAUUCAGCAGCUUUGUGUUUUGAGGAACGUCUGCAAAGGCUUGUAAUAGAUGAUUCACUUCACACGAAUACUGAGGAACAAACCACAGGCAGUUAAGGAAAGACUAUUUUUUACUUCUCACCUUAUUUGACGUAGCUCCAGUACAGAUUCUUAAUGACUGACAAUUGCGUAUUGUCUAGGUAGUGGUUAUCUGCUUGAUAUUUGGAUGUGCGAAACUCCGAAUGGAGGUAUAUAAGAUAUCAGUGUCUUGGAGAUUUUAGAAGGCCUUGUAAUCUCUGUAAAAGGUUUUCAUAUGGAAUGGACCUUCAGUUUUUUAGAGUGGAAGAUCUCUAGUCUGGCAACUGGAGCAGGUUAUCAGUAGGAUAUGAGGACAGUCUUCUUAUAAAACCUUAACUCUUAGUGUCUUUCUAGAUGAGGAAAUACUUGUUGAAAAGCUAAUAGUAUGUGUAGUUGUGUACAUGUAGGACCUCUUGUAUCUUCUUGUUAAUCUGAACAUACUUAGAAGUUAGAAGCAAUUUUUUUUAUAUAUUCUUAAAUAGAGAACGAAAGCUGAAGCAGCUGCAUUUCUCAAGUCUCAGAGUAUUUUAGUACACAUCAAAAACACCAAAUUAACAAAACUUCUUUGUUGAUAUUAAAUUGUGUUUGUGUUUUCGCUACUAGUUUUUCUCAAGGUUUUGAACUCAUAAACAUAGAGUGUCAUAUUCAACCCCGCUCCCAAAACAACAAUCUCAAUGGUCUUUAAUGUAGGAUGCAGCCACCAUGUGAGUUGCCGAGCAUAUCUUUUGCCUGAAAUCCUGAACUAUCUAUUCUUGUAGUGAGUAGUGACUAGGUGGACAUUGUGAUAACCACGAAGCUCCUUUUUUUCUUCUGAUGCGGACAACAGUUAACAAGACUUGAAACUAGUCUACGAGUAACAGAAACACCCUUCAACAAAUUUGGUUUCGUGAGUCAUCUGGUGUGAUGUUUACAGCAGAUUAAGUAGUAGAGAAAUUUAAAUUUAAAAACCACUAUCAGGGUAUCAGUUCAGUUAUUGUCUUAUUGAUCGAUUAAUUUCUUAUAUAUUUCAGUCUGAAUUCAUUCCAAUUUUGGAUUAGCUGAAUUAUGCAACUUUAUACAUUGGGGUUUUAACUCAUAUUAUGAUCUCUACUUUUGUACACUUCAAUAUUAAUGGAAUAACCCGAUGACAUUUAAUAAU